AUGUCUGCUCUACGCUGUCGCCCGUGGCGUACAUUGGAGGCUCUUCAGAAUGUAGGAGCUACUGCUCAAGCUCCCCGUGCUCGGAUGAUCACAAAAAGCCUGUCCAGCUCCAUGAAGACGCGCGCGAUCAGCUCCAGCUCAACGCGCCCCCAAAACUCACAAAACAGCGCCGCCAAGCCGACACCACCAGCUCAAGCACCGCGCACAACAACUGUUACCCCCGCAGCUGCAGCAAAUCGUGCUCCUGCCGCAACACCGAACCGCGCAACGACAGAGAAUCUCGCCAAGAGCGGACUCUCUGACCAACCCCAAGAGAUCGAAAAUGCCACAGAGGACAAGAUUGACUGGACGCGCUCAUUCCACGGACUCUCCGCAACUCCUUUUCCUAAGGAAGCCGCGGAUAUCCUGAUGGCCGAGACAGACCCCGAGGAGGUGGAGAUUAAGCCGGAUGGAAUCCUCUAUUUGCCGGAGAUCAAGUACAGACGGAUUCUGAACAAAGCUUUCGGACCUGGUGGAUGGGGCCUCGCGCCGCGUGGUGAAAGUAUUGUGACGCCGAAAACGGUGACGAGGGAAUACGCGCUUGUCUGUCACGGCCGACUCGUUUCCAUCGCCCGUGGCGAACAAGACUACUUCUCGCCGGAUGGGAUCCCCACCGCGACGGAAGGCUGUCGCUCCAAUGCGCUUGUGCGCUGCUGCAAGGACCUUGGUAUUGCCAGUGAGCUUUGGGAUCCACGCUAUAUCCGCAAGUUCAAGGCGAAGUACACUCGCGAAGCAUUUGUCGAGCACGUGGUGAAUAAGAGAAAGACCAAGAUCUGGAUUCGGAAGGGCGAUGAGGUCACGUAUCCAUGGAAGGAGACGAAAUAG